AUGUGGGAGUUGAGGCAUCCCAUAGAUGCAGGGCCUAUCUUUGAGGGACGCGAUCUCGGCCGCGUGCUACGGUCGCACGCCUCUACAUUCACCACAAUCACGUCGAUCCCCACCGAGCUGGUCCAGUCCGGCAGGGAGCCGUGGCUUUCCACGGUCACACGAGGAAUGCUGUUCUCGAUAGCCCACAACGCGAUGACCAACGCCUUCCGGCACGCGCGCGCCGGCACGGUCGCAAUUGUGCUGACCUUCGAGGAUGAUGAGCUCCGAAUGUCCGUAUCGGACGACGGGACCGGCCUCCCCGAGGACUACUCGGAUCGCGGCCACGGCUUCAGAAACAUGAGAACGGACGCCGAACGAAUGGGCGGCAGGCUCGAAGCGGCCCCGGGCGAGUCCGGACGCGGCACGACCAUAACCUGUGUGGUUCCGUAUGACACCCGUCAAGGAGAUCGGUGA